AUUUGUUUUUUGGCGGUGAGUUGUUUAAACAGUUAUUUUUUUAACACGUCAGUCGAAGUAUUCGGCAGUACACGUCAGUAUUCUUCACUAUACGAUAAGUAUCCCAACGCAUUUCAGCAUAUCCAUUAGCAGCGAGAAACAACGUUGGUGUGACGAUUUAAACCCAAAUGGCUUGUUCGUCGAUUGUCCAGGUUCGCGACUCACUGAGGAUGCGAUUGAACAGAUUAUUUCAGAAGAUAAAACAGAAAACGUGGAAGCGAUGACGAACACGUUGAAUCAAUUUUCAAACGCUUUACUAGCCAUGCAGCCUGACAUAAAAACACCUAUAAUUAAUUAAAAUUAAUUAUCAGCUAAUAGUAAAUUGACGAUUGUGUCUUAUAAAAAUUAUUAUUUUCCUUCUUGUAUUUUGCAGAUAAAAAUGAAACUGUACUACAUUUUAAUAGCGUUUGCCUUUGUAAACGUAGUUUUUGCCUUUACUGAUAUUCUGGCAAAACUCGGAAGUAACUUUAUUAUUUUUCGAGUUAGUUCACAAUCUAAACAAAACUUUCAUUAUUUAACUUACUUCACAGAAGAAUAUAAGAAACAGGUUGUCCAUACAAAUAACCACUUCCGGAAGGCUUUUUACCAAGAGAAAUUAGAUAAUGCAAUAAAAUUUUCUAUUUGUGGAACUGAACGGGGAGAAUACAAAUACUCGAUGGAACACAUAAAGUACCAAACCGAUAUGCGAAAAGAAAUAUUAGAAGCCACCACUCUCACCGAUCCGGAAGUUCAACCAAACUACAAUUUUGAUAGCAUUGAACUGUCAGGUCUUAUGCUGAUCAGAAGACACAUGACUAAAGGAGCUACAUCUUAUUUAAUCCUCAGCAACAGAUCUUUACCCGGACCAGAUUUCAGCGAGUCGACAUUUGGCGAUUUGUGUCGUUCAAUUGGAGUAUACAAAAGUAUAAUAAACCCAAAUUCAUAUAUAAUAUCUGCUGUGGUUGACAAUUCGAACAAGUGUACUCUUACGGCUGUAGACAACAGUGUUAGCAAAUACAAGCCCAUCAACAGAAAUGUUUACCGAGUGGACGUCGAUCCAGCUAUAAAACUUAGUAGAGAAGUAGAAGCUAACCAGAAUAUUGAGUAGACCAGAAAUCAUAGGUAUAAUUCAUCAAAACUUACAUUUUACCGUUGUUAUUAUAUUUAAAUAACUUGUACUCUCUGUUCUAAUAUUGAAAUUGUCAAUGAGCUAAAUUUG